AUGCAACAGUUGUUCGUCCUAAUAGCAUUAAUAUCCUUUAGCCUUGCAACGGCUCUGACACAUCAUGGUCACCGCCAUCCUCACGGUGGUGCUCAUCAUCAUCGAUCGCGUCGUUCCGAUCCGCUUCCAUCGACUGGUGGGGAUCACAUUCCAUCUGGUACUGGGGAUCAUGGUAAACACGAAGCUGCGCAUCAUUUAAAAUCCGCUCAUGGCAACCAUUCUGAAUCGCAUGGUAAGCAUCUUUUUAAAUCCGGUCAUGCCAACCAUACUGAAUCGCAUGGUGCACAUCGUUUUCCACCCGGUCACCAGGAUCAUGCUAAAUUGGCUGGCCAGCAUCGUUUUCCAGCCGGUCACGGCAAUCAUUCUGGAGCCGCUGUUGGAGAUCAUCAUCGAGUGCCUGGCUCUGCUCCACUUACACCUGCUCCUGUGAAUCAUGGUAAGCAUGAUGCGCAGCAUCAUGCUUAA